AUGGAGCAAUAUGCUGUUUGUAGUGAAGACUUGAAUGAAAUUGGAAAUCAUUUAGAGGAAUGUGAUGAUGAUGCUUUUGAUACUAUAGCACCUGUGACACAAGAUGUUGAACGACAUGAUCAGGAUGAAGGAUGCGUGGAUACACAUCCUGAUUUAAACGAAACAUUUGAUCAUCUUGCAGAAAAUUUGGGCAUACCGUCUUCGUUACCAAAUAAUGAACCGUUAAUUUUAAAUGAAAUGCAAGAUAACGAAUAUCGAACCUUAGUUCAGCUUGAAAGUGGAGGUGUUGGAAAGUCUCACCUUAUUAAAUCAAUAUACCAGGCAGCAUUGAAGUAUUACAAUUCACGAGCAGGGGACGAUUUUCAUCGUGUUCAUAUAUUAUUGCUUGCUCCAACAGGAAAAGCUGCAUAUCUUAUAAAAGGUAACACAAUUCACAGUGCCUUGCGCAUUCCAGCCAGUCAAUCAUUGAAAAAUUAUAAAGCAUUAGAUUCUGGAAGACUAAAUACGAUGAGAUGCGAACUAAGUUCAUUAAAGUUAAUAUUACUUGAUGAGAUAUCAAUGGUUGGCAACAGCAUGUUCACCAUUCAAUUGAACAACCGUUUGAAAGAUUUAAAAGGUAGUAAAGAAGAUUUCGGCGGUGUCAGCAUAAUCACAAUAGGUGACUUAUUUCAACUCAAACCUGUAAUGGAUGGUUACAUUUUUACAGAUGUUCAGUCUUUAAGUUCUUAUGAUGUUCUUGCCCCGAACUUAUGGAGAAAAUAUUUUAGAAUGUUUGAGCUUGAUGAAAUCAUGCGACAGAGAGAAAGCAAGAUUUUUGCAGAGAUACUUAAUCGACUUCGUGAAGGUAAUCAUACUCCGAGUGAUCUACAAAAACUAAAGGAAAGAUGUAUUGAAGAGAGUGCUUGCCCCAAAGAAGCCCCACGUUUAUUCAUUCAAAAUGCUUUAGUUGAUGAAUACAAUGAUAUAGUUUAUCAAUCAUUUGAUGAUCGUGAUAAAUACAUAAUCAGGGCACAAGAUAGCGUAAUUGGAGCCUGUUCAGCUGAACUGAAAGAAAAGAUAAUGAGACAAAUACCACAUGUUCCUUUGAAAAAUUCAAAACAGUUGGCUUAUAAACUGCAUAUUGCUGUCGGACAACGAACAGAAAUUGCGGUGAAUAUACGCACUGAUGAUGGUCUGACAAACGGUGCAAGACAGUAA